UGCACUGCUUGUGUCCGCCCGGUAGUAGCCUUUGACGGCUCUUCAAAGUGAUGGAUGCCCCCACUCCACAUGAAGCUAUCCAAUAUUUCUUUUUUUAUUAACGAUACGGGGGAAAGAAACAAGAACUCAGCUCAGCCAUUUCAUAAUCUGUUCCACCGUCCUGUUACCACAAUUUUACAGUAUAUACCUUUCAUUUUGGUUUUCCGAGUUGCUAAGAUACAUUGACAGUUGCUGUUGCUAGUUAACUGGCUACGUUACGUUUAUUUAACGUUGGCUGGCAAGCAAGUCCUUGGCUAACUAGCUAGCUAUAGAAUAGCAAAUAAGAGUUGGUGUUUGUAUGGCCAGCUAGCUUUAGCUAGCUAGUGCUAGCUAAGUGUUCAAUCAGGGAUAUCUGCUCAUAUUCGGGACGAGACCAGUCUCAGGGCUCACCGUACUCAAUGAGCGGACAGCGCGAUGUCCGAGCGUUCUGGGCAAACGGCAAAGGGGAAGGAUGGCAAAACCAAGUACGCGUCUCUCAACUUGUUUGACACAUACAAAGGAAAGAGCCUUGAAGCACAUAAGCCAGUUGUUACUCCCCGUCAUGGCCUUCAGUCUCUUGGUAAAGUUGCCUCUGCACGGCGCAUGCCCCCCCCAGCCAACCUGCCCAGUCUGAAGGCAGAGAACAAAGGCAACGACCCCAACGUUUCCCUCGUCCCAAAAGACGGAACAGGAUGGGCAAGCAAGCAGGAAUCCGUAGACCCAAAGAGUACCGAUGCAUUUUCAGCUCAGCCGCCGGAGUCGCAGCAGCCUGCGGCUACACAGACGCCUGCAUCGAGCCAGCAGAAUACUCCACCACCCCAAGAGGCCCCAGCUCCAGCCCCGGCCGCAGGGGUAAAGUCCUGGGCUCAGGCCAGUGUUACACAUGGACUGCUAGGAGAUGGUGGAAAGGGAUCAAACCAACUGUCGCCAUUCUCUCGCGAGGAAUUUCCGAGUCUGCAGGCGGCUGGAGACCAGGACAGAGCUGGCAGAGAACAGGCCACUGCAGAUCAGUGGUAUGGGCCCGGACCAAGCCUCCGCCCCCAGAAUGUGACAAGUUGGCGGGAUGGGGGGGGCCGCACCCAGAUUGCGGUUCUGCCCCGGGAGGGGGUGGUGGAGGCUGGGGUCGGGGGGGCAGUAUUGAUGGAUGGGUCUUCAGAGGGAGUGCAGGCCCCCCACCAACAGCAGCCGACCCCACUGUCUCACAUACCCCCUAGAAACUCGCCCGCCUCAAGCCCCGCCCUGCCCCCACCCCCUGUUUCCCCCCAGUUCCCUGCCUACCGAGGGAUCAUGCCUCCAUUUAUGUACCCCCCAUACCUGCCCUUCCCUCCCCCCUAUGGCCCUCAGGGGCCCUACAGAUACCCAGUGCCUGAGGCUCCCAGGUUUUCUCGUGCCCCAAGCGGGCCGCCGUCCCAGGAAGGGGGCCCCAGGGUUCCAGAGGGGGAGGCAGUGCAGCGCCCUUCCAUCCUCACACAGGACGACCUGAAGGAGCUGGAUGAGCUGGAUCAUGAUGGGGAUGAGGGCUGGGCAGGGGCCCAUGAGGAGAUUGACUAUUCUGCAAAGCUGCAGUUCAGUGAUGAUGAAGGAGAGGAAGAGGGCGAUGAAGAGAAGAGUGAGGACAAAAACUGUGCAAGGGAAUCCAGGGAUAAGCAGCAACCUGCAAAGGGAUCUGCCAGCAGAGGGGCUGCUUCCCACAGCCCCCCCUCCAGUAAAGAAGCUCUGCCCCCGCCCCCCAGCAAGCCCGGCAGGACUGAGGAGGGGGCCGGGGAUUGGGGCACCUCCCCCUCAGCACCCUACCAGGGGCAGAGGUCGGCCGUAGCCGGCCCCAGGGAGCAGCCUUCUCCCCCUGCGCGGCCGCUCCACAGCCCGGCUCCACACAUCUACAGACAGGACCGUCCCUCCGCCCAACUUGGUACCAAGGCAGUCACACCUACCUCCUCCACCCCCGUGCAGAAGCUCGCCCCCUCCGCCCCAGUGGCCCACCAGAAGCAGGCCCCCGCCAAACCCACCCUGCCCCCGCCCUCCUCCACCCCCCUGCUCCCGCAGACCCAGGCGGAGGAUGAGGACGAGACGUGGCGGCAGCGGCGGAAGCAGUCCUCCACCGAGAUCUCUGCGGCCGUGGAGCGAGCGAGGAGGCGCCGGGAGGAGGAGGAGCGAAGGAUGGAGGAGGAGCGGCGGGCCGCCUGCGCCGAAAAGCUCAAGCGCCUGGACGAGAAGCAUCAGCAGAGCAAGCCCGCCCCCGUCGCCGCCGGUAACCCCAGCCCCUCCCUCUCUGCCUCAGCACCUUCCCCCAGCCUGAGUCAGCCCUCCUCUCCUUGUGUGGACUCUGAGGAGCCCCCCCUCCUCUCUGCUCAGACUGGGGCGACAGCAGGAGCAGGAGGGAGUGCUAAUGACAGGCAAAGAGAGGGAAGUAACAGCAGCUAUGAUUCCAACACUGACCCUCAGAAUUGCCCUGCAACCCCAGAGGUAGCGUCCUUGCCGCAGGAUGUAGCAGCGGUUGGGGAAGGGAAGGAGGAGGCCGUAGGGCCCCCUAGCGUUCGAGCUGCUGGAGGUGCAGACAUGGUGAAGACCGAGAGUUUGGGAGGGGGAGGGGGACGGCAGGGGGGUGGCCUCCCUGGUCAGGGCUACUCUAAAUACCAAAAGUCUCUGCCUCCUCGUUUCCAAAGACAGCAGCAGGAGCAGCUCCUGAAACAGCAGCAACAAUGGCAACAGCAGCAGCAGCAACACAGCCAGGUUUCCCAAAAUCAGCUCGCCCCACAAGCCUCAAGUUCCCAAGGCCCAUCCCCUGGUGCCGGGAGCCAGCCUGCAUCCAAACAGCCCCCCUUAUAUUCACAUGGCUCGCUGGGGUGCCCACCACCUAUGCCCAUGAACUUUGACCCUCGCUGGAUGAUGAUGUCGCCCUACAUGGAUCCUCGAAUGAUGCAGGGUCGCCCUCCACCGAUGGAUUACUACCCCCCUAGCAUGCACCCCACAGCACCUGCUCUCCUCUCAGGUCUCAUUGGCCGCGAGCGCUCCGAUUCGGGCGGCUCGGGUUCAGAUCCGUUCGACCGGACACAGCACCCUUCCCACCCCCACCGGGUGACCCCUCCCGCGGACGCAAAGUUAGCCUGGGGACCAGACGUCUUUCCAGGAGGCGGUGAAGCCCGGGCUGGCUUCGAGGAGGAGGAAGGUGGCAAAGGACUGAGGGGCAGCAGCUCUCCAGUGCAUCUGCGAGACGGAGGGCCCUGUUCUGUCCAACAGCCCCUCACUUCAUUCGUUGCGCCCAACUCCUCCCCCUCAAGCUCUUCUAACCAAAUGCUGGCACCUCUUGUAAGCCAAGGGGGAGGAGUGAGCGCGGGUGGCAACCACCACCCCCACCAUCAUCAGUCCUUCAUGGGGGGUAGGGGUAACUAUAGCAGCUUUCCUGACAAUGGUUCUAGGGUGGCCUCCCACCAGCAGCAGAGGGGGACCAGUGGUGGAUCUCUGCAUGGCUACAAUCAACAGGACGAGGGCCCCAGAGGAGGGACACUUUGGGGAACCCCCCAUCCCCACUAUGACCGCAAUGGCCGCCCCGAUCUCUCUCCUGUGGACAACAUGACCCACUUACAUCAUCCCCAUCCCCAUCGUCCUCAACCCUCUCAUUUCCCCCUCCACAUUCACAAAGCAGAAGCUGGAAGAGAGAGAGACAGGGUAGGGGACACAAAGAAGGAAGACCCCAAAAGAUCUCUCCACCAGCCCUGCCUCUCAUCCUCCUGCUCUUCCUCCUCAUGUUCCUCCUCCUCUGCUCGAGACGACAGCGGCAAAUCUCCUCUGCACAGCCUGCCUCCCCAGCAUGAAUCGGGAGUUGGGUUGGGGGGUGGCGGAAAGCCAAACAAGAUGGGCGGCCCCCACGUCCUUCCCUCCCCCGCCUCGUUCGCGCCUUCUUCCCAGCACCCUCCCCAGCACCAGCAGCAGAAUCCCAGACCGAGCCCCCGCGGGCGCGACCACAAGACAGAGACUCAGUGGGGGCCGAGGCCUGGAGGCGGCAGCACCAGCGGCGCUUAUGGCCAUAACAGGAAGUCCAGCGCAGGAGGAAGCGGGAAAGCUGAAGAGCGACUGACGGGGGCGGGCACAGAACCUAAACCCUCCGCAGCUCCUGGAAGCGGUAACACUAGCAAACGGGUGGGGCCGAUAAAGAGACCCGCGCUGAAGGAAAUGAAACGAGAGGGUGGAGAGGAAGGAGGAGGAGAGAAAACACCUGGGGGCUCAGGGAAAGACAAAGAGCCUGAGAGCAAGCCGGUUUCGGGUAAGCAGGAUGCCCCAGCUAAUCAGACUACCGCUGUGCCCUCGUCUACAGAGGACGCAUCGCAGUCGGCUAAACCUCGAAACGGAGGGAGGGAACGAGUGGGAGGGGGGCUGGCUAAAGGACCCAAAGAAGGGGACGCCCCCUCCCUGACCUCGGCGUACUCUGCUCCCGUGUCCCGCUGGGAGAGGGAGCGCUCCCACGAGAGGGGGGGCGGCGCUCCCUACUCACACCCGACGCCUGCGAGGGGCGGCAGGGGCAGCCGGGGCAGGGGAGGGGAGUUCUACGGGAGGGGGCGGGGCUACAGGGGACCCUACGCGGGGAGCGGAGGCGGAGCAGGGAGCAGCAGCGGCCGCGGAAGAGCGGGAGGAAGGAGCCGGGACUACAGGCCGACUAGCAGCACCUCCCACGUCCGUAACCAGGGCAGCGGCAUCAAGGAUUCUGCCGCCUGCAAGGGGGAGGCUGCGGUGGGGAGCGGCAGGCCUGGCCAGAGAGGCCCGCAGCCAGGUAACACGGGCCGGUCCAGGAACCGCAGCGAGACCAGGAGCGAGGGCUCCGAGUACGAAGAGGUCUCCAAAAGGAGGCGGCAGAGAGGGUCAGAAUCGGGCAGCGAAAGCGCAGCCAGCGAGCUGGGCCUUUCUGACAGGGAGGAAAGAAAGCAGCAGCCGAAACACGCGGGCAGCGAUAACCCCGCUGCUUCCACCACGACAGCUUCUGCUGCUGCCGCCGCUCAGUCUAGAGCCCCCCAGGCCCGCAUAUUCACCCCGAGGGGCGUGCCAUCGCGGCGGGGCAGAGGGGGCGGGGGAUCAGGCGGGAGCGUCUAUAGAAGUGGAGGGAGUGCUGGCAUGUCCAGCGGCCGCUCUGGGUCCGGUUCCACCUCCCUCACCUGGGCCUCUAAGUCAUCCUCCUCCAUCCACAGACAUAGAGUACAGCCAGAGACCCCCCUUCCUAAAGAGGCGGGGCCUGUGGCUGCAGGGGAGAAAAAGGACAGGCUGGCAGAUGUAGGUCACUCUCCGAAUCCGAGCCCCCCAUCGGACUCCUCACUCACUGCACCCUCGUGUACUAAUGUACACGUCUCCCUGGAAAACGGUAAUGUGGAAAACGAGGUCUCGUCAGCCAAUGCUCCGGCGGAUCCCCCCUCCCUCCCCCUGCCCUUCCCCGCCCCAGAUCUCCGGGGCUUUCCUCCCCGCGGCUUUGAGCGUCCACCCCGGCGCCGCCGGAACUGUCGCUCCCAGCACCAACACGACAAGCCCCCGCGCUUUCGCCGGCUGAAGCAAGAACGAGAGAAUGCCGCCCGAGUGAACGGCGGCGGGACAAUAGGAGGGGGGGCACAACAGCAGCAGCAGUUGACUGUACCCUCCCAGAAUUCUUUGCAGGAGGCGGAUGGUUCUCCCAACACUGCCAUCACAACCAUAACGCUAAAUGCGAACCACAGUCUUGUGGGCAGCUCCGGUGAAAACAGCAGCAGUAAACACCUGGGGGGAGCUAAAGCAAACUCAAACAGCCACAGUCACCAUUACACCCAGGCCACAGCUCCCCAGGCCAACUCCCAACACCUCCAUAGCCACAAUCCAGGGGGCGGAUCCAAAGAGGCCAAAGGCACCAAAUCUCCUGAUAUCUCCAACCAGAAUUCAGACCAGGCCAACGAGGAAUGGGAGACCGCCUCGGAGAGCAGCGACUUCGCCGAUUAUCGAGAGAGAGGCAGAGGAGGGAAGGCUCCGUACUCAUCCCGCCCCUUCCACUCGUCUGGAAGAGGAGGCGGAGGAGAGCGAGAGAUGACCUCGAAAGAAUCUGCAGCCAACAAGAGAAGCUUUUCCAGCCAGCGACCUGGAAUGGAUCGCCAGAACAGGAGAGUGAAUACAGGUGGUGGGGGGGGUGGAGGAGGAGGAGGAGGUGGAGGAGGUGGAGGAGGAGGAGGAAGGAGCCUUCGAGGUCCAGCAGGGGCAGGUGGAGGAGCCCCUAGCAAUGCAGGCGGAAGCCUUGAUGACAAGCGUGGCAACUGGUCAUCUCUGAAAACCAGGAAGUAAUAUGAAGAUUAUCAUCAAAACUUUUCAGUUGGCCCCCUGUCUCUCACACUCUGCUUAGCUGUCAUUGAAACUUUAUUCUCUACUCCUGGCCCUUUUCAAAGUUCAUUAUAGUUUAUCCUGUAUAUCAGAAGACUGCAUAAGCUUUCACUUUGUUCCCCAUCUCUCUGUCUCUCUGCUCUGCUGUCUCCUGCCCUUUUAAUACAUUCACACGCUGCUCCCUACACACUCACCGUUCGCUGUCUAUCUGUUCUCCGGCAUUCUUUAUUGGAUAUUAUGGAAAAAUACCAUGUCUGUUAAAAGGACAUAUUUGACAGAAACGGAAACGCACACAAGCACAAAAAAGGAACUGACACAGAAACACACUUGGUAAACACUACUUGUAUUAUGGACAUACAGAGGGCAUGAUGCAGAUGCUUAAGAGAAGACAUUGUUUAUAUUUCUAUGUAUAUUUUUAUUAGAAUUGGGACUGGGUGUUCAGUGGGCAGCUCUCAUUUCUUCAGAUUUUAUUUUUCUUUUAACAAGGAGAACAAAGAUUUUCGUGUUGUGUCUUUGCCUUUGUCAGUUUGUAGUCAAAACCUCUUUCCCCGACUACUUUUUGGGGCAUUUGAGAUUGCAUCUGCAUUCAUUCUGUUCCUAAAGCCAUUUUGAUGCUGCUUAUUCAGAAAUAUGGCAUAGUCAUGUUUGUUGACAUGCUUUAUUCUGGUAUUUGUUCCCAAUGGUUGUCUCUUUUUGUUCAUUCUCAUUUCAUGGCCAAUCAAUUCUGUUUCAUCCUGCAGUGGUUCGGCUGGAGUUGCUUGGCCCACACCUCCAUUACUGAAAGCUAUGUUCAUAUUACUUUUUUUGUCUGUUUGUUUAUUGUACCCCAUAAGCUCUACGUAGCGUGUAUGGAGUAGCUUUGCUUUGUGCAGUGUUUCAAAUUCUGCUUGUGGAGAGCCAGAAUAUGUUUGACUGAGCAUUGUGCUAUUACAUACUCCGCUGAAGUUAUUGUCAUUAUACUGUGUUGUACUAGAACACAACUGCCUUGUGCAGCUGUCAUUCAGAGGUCUUUAUAAAUUACCAGGAGGACAAGUUAUGUAGCCCUCAGUUCUCCAUGAGUACUUUGUGAAGUUGAUAUAUUGAAAGGGAAGCCUGGUCAAAAAAUACAUAGCAUGUUUCAUGGGGAAAAAAAUAUUUGAAAAAAUAAAUUUGCCUGAUUGUAUGCAGAAUGAAGCAUUAUCAUUCUCAUCCUGUAAACCUCAACCUAACCAUUUUUCAUUCAGUGAUGUAAGUUGGCCUUUUGCCCUUUUUUGAGUGAAUGGGCAGAUAAAUUACUGUUGAAAAUGCUAUUUUUCUUCAGAUAUUGUAGGCCUCUGUGCAAUUAAAGAUUCAAAGAAUCAUGUAUACAGGCUUGUAUCAGAGUGUAGUGUGCAUGGUGAUGAUUGAAUCUUUUUCUGAUUUUAAUGAAUGAAAACAAAAGCUAAAAAAACUAAAUGAAAACAUUAGAGACAUGGCAGAAGCCUAGAAUUAAGAAGUUCCAAAUAUUGUCCUGACGCAUGUUCAGCAUUUAAAUUUUCUUUGGUUAUGUCUCCCACUAGACUCAUCAACUGGAAGAAAGUUUGGAAUGCUCAAAUAUGGUUCUCAAGUUCUUGAGACUAAAUGGCAAAUGUUUUUUGACCAGACUUCCCCUCAGAACCACUACCUUAACUGUGUUGGUGACAGCAUGUUGACUGAAAUCUGGACUACUGUGUGAUUUAUGUGAAGUUUUACAUGUUCUCUGUUCAAUACAGAGAGGCCUUUUACUCGUCUUAGAAUUUGAGGACUGUAACAAAACAUGACAGGAUUGUGUAAGUUACAGGAAAAUGGACUCCUGUUCAUUGUAGCCACAUAAACACACAAAUGAACUAGAACAAGAAAUUGUCUGGCUAGGUUUGGGAAAUGGAGCAUUUGACGUGUUUUACAUUUUUACGUAGAACUCUGUUUUCACCACAGUUGGAUUUUUGUUGAUUUUGUGGGUAAGCAGAGACUCGGAAAGUAGCACAUUUGAAGUGUUGGUGUGUGAUUAUGCGUGUGUCUUUGGAGUGGAAAUGUUAUUUUUCCCCAGUUUCUGUCUAUCCUUUCUUCAAAUAUCCUUUAAACAGAGGAAGGAGGGGGGCAUGCAGUUACAUUAUUAAUUUUGAAUUAACAGAUCACAAAUGCUUAUUCAUAUCCAAAUGAACAACAUCUGUUCAGUUACUGGUGUUAACCUGAGUCACCAUCAACAGUUAAGAAAGUAAUUGUAUGUUUCUUUUUUACAGUUACAGUGUAAUCCUCAGCUGCAUCUUGCAUGGUUUUUCCCCUGCAAUAUUGACUAUUGAAAUGCCCCCUGUCCAUUUUGAAGUACUAAAACAUGAUAUUUGUAUAUUUCUUCACUUCUUUGUCUCUUUGGUUCAACAUAACUGUUUUGUAUGGAAACUUUUUUUUUGUGAUAUACAAGCAUUUGAGUAUUUCAAACAGUGUAAUAGAAAUGAAGAAUUUGGGCUUGGGCUUAAACACGUUUAAAUGCAACCAUAAUAUACACAAGUAUGUAUAGUUAUAUAUGAAAAGCUGAUCUUGCCCAGUUUACAUUCCCACAAAUAGAUGUUGGCAUUUAUAAGUUGAAGGGAGCAGCGAAGUGUCUUAUAGAAUUCUAAGUAAAAUAAAGUGAAUAAAUUCAUUUUGUUUGGAAAA